AUGAGCACUUGGGAAGAUAAGUGGUUGGUGAAGACCACAAAGAAAAUAGUUCCCGAUGUAAACGUUUGGCCCAAUAUAACUAUUUUUAAUCGAAGGUUGUACACUUUUGGGUCUAAUGAGGAAGCUUAUAUCAAGUUCUCGUUCUAUGACGCGUACCUUGAUAGCUAUGAUGAUCUUGCCUACUAUGACACAAAUACAUGUAUCUAUAGAGUAAGCGAGGAAGACUACAUUGUGAUCCUAACAAACAGAGUUCCUGGAGAAAAGCCACAAGUGGCAGUUCUUGGACAGCUUGGCGAAAGAUAUCUAAAAAAAAACCAUAUCAGAGCCUAUGAUGUGGAGAUCAGAAACCCAGAAGACUAUGAAAUUGUGCACCUAUCAGUCAUAGGUGAAAAAAACGGCGUGACAUUCGAUGACCUCGUGGAGUGCUCAUUUCUGAGGGUAAAGAAGAGUUUCGAGAAAGUAAGACAGGAGAUUCGUACGGGUUCUUCUGAACACCCCGCACCCCCGGAUCGGAAAUCUUCCUAG